AUGAUUAAAUGUGCACCAGGAUUCACAGGAGACCUACCUAAAGAGCUGCUUGAAGCAAAACUUUUUUCUGUUCGAAUACCAGCAAACGUCGCCGCCAGCCUAGGCAGUGUCGCUUUUGGCCGCGACUCGCCUCCUCACAAAGGUUUAUCUCCGGAAAUAAUGAUCGCUUUAAACGAACUGAAACAUUACAUAAAAAUAUUGAAAUGUUCAAAAUCACACAAAAGCUCAAGAAUUAUCUCCGAUAAGAUGAUUGAAGAACUAAAAAAUAAAAGUUUAGAAUAUGAAAAACAACUGAUUUCAACUGAGCAAAAGUGUCGUGAACUAGAACAUCGAAUUGGUGAUCUGAACCACAUGAAACCACCAAACUCAGCCACUUCUCAGAAAAGAGAUGUCAUUUAUAAAGAUUGUGGAUUCAAUAAUAUAAGUAAAACUGAUUUGGAUAAUCUCAAAUUAACUCUCGCCCACAACAUUGCCAAGAAAAAAAUACUUGAACUUGAAGAGAAAUUAAAGGAUGAUUCAAACCGUGAUGAUACAAUUUCAAAUGAUAUUUAUUUGAAUAAAACUAUUAAAAGCAAGAAAAUCAAAAGAAAAACAACGAGAAAGCGUAACGAAAUAGUUGAUAUGAUGAACAAUGGUAAUGGUUAUAAUGACGACGUGGAGUAUGUAAGUCAUUCAGUGGUUCGUGAUAAACCACAUGAUCCGAACGUCAAAAUUAAAAAUUCCAGCAACGAGUACAAGCUCGACUUCACUGAGAUACCUUUUAUAGCUGGAAAAGCUUUGGAUGAGGAAUUUUCAUCAACUGUCCUUGUAUCCCAACUCACUAGUGAAAUCAUGCAUUUGAAAUUGAAACGCAACAAACUGGUCCAACUCAUCUGGGUUGCAUCGUCAAGUGAAGCUUCCAAGAAAGAUGCUGAACUACAAAUUACACAUAUUGAAAAGGAGAUAGAUGAUAAGUACAAUCAAAUCUUGCAAAUUCAAACACAGACUAAUGAUUUUAAUAUCAAGUUGAAAUUUUUAUGUCUUUUGCUGAAAGAAAAAACAGUUUUCGUCAAAAGAGAAAACUUAUUCGUCGCACGUCUUAAUGUACAUUUUAACCUUGACAUAUAUCAUGCAUCUUCAUUCGAUCGUAAAUUCAAUGCUAAUCGACGCCUUUCUUUCACAAGAUGGAUCCUGGUCGAACCAGUCCUCGAUGCAGUGCAGGGAAGUCACAAAAUUCCAACUAAAUCUGCCACAAUUAGACGUGAGCCAGGUAGUUUCAAGCUGGAAAUUACGGAUACAAUUCCUGUGGCUAGCAACAAGGCAGACAAGUUUUUACAUCCCAAUGUCGCAAGGCCAAAAAACACAGAUCUGUUGAAAAAUCUUAAAUGUAUUCAGAACUCGUUGAGAAACAACAAAUAUCUCUGA